CUGAAUGUGGACGUUUGCUGGAGUGAAGCAGAGGCGCGUCCGGUGUCGGCUGAUGAGUGAGAUGUGAUGUCACUUGAGUCCGUCAAGAAGAGCCUCUGGGUGGCGGCCAAGUCAGUCCAGCUCAUCGGCGUCCUCCACGUCAUACACGAGUACCUAUUCGACUUCUCAUCGGUGAAUCAGUGACCAACACACCGAGAGCGGCUCAUGCAUGGCCAUGGCAGAGGGAGAUCUUCAUGUUGAUUUGUGUGUGGGGGGGUAUGCAGGCCGUCGGCCCUUCGAUGAUUCCAGCGCUCAAUGACAAGGGCGACAUUGUCAUUUACGAGCGGCUCACUUAUCGGCUGCGUGGCUUCGAGAGGGGCGAGGUCGUCAUUGCCGUGUCGCCAGAGAACUCACAGCUGCGCGUGUGCAAACGCAUCAUUGCCACGGUGGGUGCUGUAGGACACACAUAGAUGCGGACAGUCAUGUGCUCCUGUUCGGCCAUUGGUUGCAGGAGGGCGACAGAGUGAUAACGGGUGUGAGCGGCGCCAAGAGCAUCGGCCAGUAUGACGUCAAGACCACCACCGUGCCCCGGGGCCACGUGUGGCUGCAGGGCGACAAUCCGCUGCACUCACACGACAGCCGCCAUUACGGAACCGUGCCCGUCGGACUCCUCCUCGGCAAAGUCACCUGGAAGGUCGGCUGAAGGCUUUGACAGCAAUGGCAUAGAUGGGGAGCGGCUGACUGCGGAUGUUCCUUCUUUGCUUGUGUGGUACAUACGUGUUAAUUGUUCAGGUUUGGCCGUUCUAUCAGGUGUGUCGGGUGUCGCGUGAGGUGCCGCUGGAGGCCAAGGCUUCGGUGAUUCCUUUCGGGGUCGCGACGGUGCCCGGCUGAUCAAUGAGUGGAUGGGUGCUGGUGUUGGUGUUGGUGCAGGGGUGGUCAGCCUGCUCCGCUCUGUACAGUCGUGUGCAUUCACUGUACAUGUGUGUCUUUGUGCGUCGGUGCCCAUGUAGGUCUCUGGUUUGAGGAGACAGACAGACAGACCGACCGACCUGUACAGCUGGUCCACUUAUACAUACAGACCUUGAUCACUAACUAUUGGACAUGUGACGUCAGUUAAGUGGCUGUGGUGCAUCGGCACGUC